AUGGCCCGGCAUGAGCUCUCCACAACAAUACCCGGCUCCUUGGAGGAGGUCACCGUCGCAACCGGACGCUGUCAACAACAAGAGCUUGUCCGCGAAGAUUGGUUUUUGCCGCUGACCAACAGGCGGAGAUCUGGUCCGUUGAAUGGACGCCAUACAAUGGAGCCGACUCCUUGCAACGUGAUAGGCCUAACGAGCAGACCAACACACCCUGAUAAUUUGGCUGCAAUCCCCUAUUUGCUUUCUCAGCCUGCCAGGAGGAGCAGGUCGCCACCAACCAUCGUGAACUACCUAUCAACGAACCAAGAGGUGCCCGCUAGGGAAGUCAGGUGUAAGCUGUUCGCCGAGGACAGCACAACAGAACUGCAGGAGUUCACAGUGACAAGGCCGGUGGAAGAUUCGCAAAGGCCGGCAGCAUGGCCUGCGUCCACCGGUGAUUGGCUCCGGCGCACUCCCGCACUCAACUCGGGGCUGGAUCGCUUGAAACCAGUCGUGUCGCACGUCUCGACACCCUCUCCGCUGCCCUGCAUCCCUGGUUUCCCUCCUCUGGGCGCCAAUAUCCCGCCGUGUCUUCACUGCUCCUUCGUUGGACACCAGGGACUACCAAGACUUGACCACCACGGCACCACUGCGCUUCAUUACUUCACCAGUCUCCAUAUGGGAAUUGGCUCGCAAGACUGGGGGAACUCGGGGGAGCUACGGAGCGUCCUUUCUACUUACCUUUCGGCGUUGGCGCCCCCUCAGAUUAAUUAA